UUCCGCGCGUUGUGAUCGGCCAACGCGUUGCAAACUCUUGGGGGCGCACUAUUGUGAAUCGCCCGUGUUGUACUCUUCGAAUUCCAAAUAGUCCGAUAUAUUUUAUACACGUAGAAAAUUUGUGUUUAAAUGAACUGUUUCGGAAUAGUGUGGACACCUGUAAUCUGCUUCGUCUAUUUCAAGUCAGUCUCGACUCAUGGUUUCUUUUGCUAAGUUUGCUUGUUUACUUUUUGGAAGAUUAUUUUUGAUGACAAACCUAAAACUGUCGCUAUAUUGCUUCAUUCUUUUCCAGGUCCAAAACUACUUUUGUCCAAACAGACAUUUUCCAGGCUUAUUUCGACCAAUGAUAUCCAUACUAAAUGUUAGUAGGCAGUUUUUGGAGUGUGUUGUCUACCUGCAAACUGGAUAAUUGUUUCUUCGUCUCUCUGUUGUUCACGUGUUUAAACUUUAUCCUUCUAAAUAAUUAACUUGUUCCACAGUUCACUGGUAUUUUAUGUCAAAAUCGAAUGUAUCUAGGUCUUACUAAAUUUGGCAUGAAGCAAUGUAUGUCGUACACAGUGAAAGUUACAGUAAUUUUGGAUCUGGCUUGCUACCUCUUUUGGUCGACAGGCCUCUCUGCUCGACAGGCCUUUUGGGUCGACAGGUGCGGAAACUGUAUUAUCUUUCUGAAAUGAGUACUUUUAAUGAAUGGAAUGAGCGAAGAAGAGUGCCACAAGUUACAUUCGGAUAAUUGGAAGAAGGCGGGCGUCUAAUGAAUGUGGUCAGUAGGUUCAACGUAAUUUUUUCAAAUCCUCAGUGCUACUCGACAGUUUGAAAGGAAAAAGACACCGAGCUGGAGUUUUCCACUGCAAGGCAAGAGAAAAAAAAUGCAAUUUAAAGAAUCUACUCUGAGCCCUGUUCAGGAACAGGACUCGAUGUUCCAGUCACGCUCCGCUGUGUCAUAAAGAUCAACCUAUUGUGACCGAUCCUUUCUAUUGUAAUGAUCCGUUCUUGGUCCACAGCUAUUUACAAUAAACGGUUACAUAACUCAGACUAAAAACAUCGCAAGAAAGUCGACGUCUGUUCUUCUUCACGGUUGCGCCAGUCACGUCUGGCUCGACAUGGUGGAAAUGAUACGACUAGUAACAAGUACAUCCAUUUGAUUAUUUCCUGUCAAGCUAAGUGCAAGAUAGCGGCACUCUUGUUUCUUUAAGUCGUGUAAAUAGCUCCACGAACUAAACGAUGUGCUGUUCGACAUGAUAUCGCGGAAUAAUGGCCAUAUCGAGGGGACCACACAUUCCCGUUCUCAACUCUCUCAGCGGUAAUCGGAUCAGAAAUUGGCCCGGCAAACGGCGCUACGGGGCGGCUCAGGGGAAAGCGUCGAGGCCGGCGCUGUGGAAUGUUGUCGGACUUUUCCUGAUCGUAGAGAAUCUUGUCUUCGUGGGAUUUGUGUUCUAUGUUUAUGACGUUUGCACAUGCCGAACUUGGGUACCAGAAGUGCCACGGUUACGGGAGGUCUUCCCCGACAUGGUUGAUUGGCCAUCGCAGCAGAACAAAUCAGCAAAUGAAGAAAGGCAGCACUUGAGGAGACAGAAAGAUUCUCGAGCGGCAAAUUUCCUUCACCCAGAACUCUCCAUCAAGUAUGCAAAAAGUAAGGAGAGUUCACGUGCUUCUUACGAAGGAGUAGUCUUCAAGGCUGAUGAUGCUUCACAGGGAGGUCAUGUGACCAAACACGCUGGUACAACCCUGUCGACCGUUAUAAACAGGACUAGAGGUUCCCGCGGACGAAGGAAGUAUAUGCGCCCUCAGUCCAGGAGGUCAAACGGUGGACUUGGAGGCUGGAAGACCUCAGCAGACCUACAGUUAAGAUCGUUCACCAUAAUGGUGAGCGCCAACUCGGGCUUUGCCGACUUCACCCAGAACUGGUUGACAAGCCUUCGGGAGAUCGGGGUCACUUACAACGUCACAAUCUUGGUGGAAGAUGCAGAGGCGUUCGGUAGUUUCCAGAGGCUCCAAGCUGUCUACCCCGGGUCUCUGAAAAUUCUCCUUCAGUCUGGUGUCAAUGGCAGUCACGUCUCUGACGCUGUUGAUCACCACAGCGUGACCUACUACAAGCUUAUCAACAGGAGGCCUGCGUCGUUACUCCGUCUCCUCAAAACAGGAGUCGACGUCCUCCUUGCUGACAUCGAUGCCUUCUGGAUCAAAGAUCCAAUGGCAGUGAUUGCUCCGGAGCUCGACCAAUACGACGCCUGGAUUGCUCCGGGCCACUUCCCUAAUGUGCCCUGCCCUUGUUUCAUGUACUUCAAAUCGGGAGCGAUGUCUGUUAAAUUUGUCCAAGCCUGGGUCGAGUGGCUGAACCACACUACCAAAGCAUACAAAGAUGACCAAGAAGCGUUGGCUAGUGUAAUAAAGAGCCCUCUUGGGCGCAAAAUGCGCCUGAAGUGGUUGGACUUGGAGCAGUUUCCUGAUGGGGAUACUUACCGGAGCAGGAAAAUGUCGGGAGCGCCACUUGGAGAUGUCUUCAUAUUCCACGCCAACAGAGUCUUAGGGCACGACGUCAAAAAAUCUCUGAUGAAAAGGCAUGGAUUCUGGAGACUUCAAGAAGCUUUAAGACAAUGAUGAAAUCCGUGCUCGUUGAACUUUUCUCUUUAUCGGAAAUUUUACCAGUUUUUUAAUUAAUGAAAAUUACUAAAAAAUUAAAAAGUUAAAAACAUAAACUGUUGAAUAAUUAACGUUUCAUAGCCUUUUAAAAUUCUCCCUGUGAUUUUCCUGCUAGGACAACGAUCUGUGCUGGUCAGUUUUUCACGUGUUGUUCUCCUAUAAUUUUAAUCUGUCAAAGUCCAGGCUUUUUAAAAGUGCACUUUUUUCAAGAUGUAUGAUAUAACAAAUGUCAUAACUCUCUCCGAUAUAGUUAACUAAACAUUGUUUUUCUGUGAUGGUUAAAGACGGCAGUUAUUCUAGGCCAUGAACAUUAAAUCG